GAUUUGAUUUCUAGGAGACUAAAUGAUAGAUCAGGGAGAAUUCAUGGGAGAAUUGGGAAUUUUGAUGGGGCACCAAAGGGAUGGUGGAGGAGCGGAGGGGAGGAACUAAGGCCCUCUGCCUGGUGGCCCCAGUAUGGAACCAGAGUACCAGGGGCAUCCGUGGCCUGAGUGGGCUGGCAUCCCCAGAGAGCAGUGAGAGGAAGGGGAGGACGUUGCUCCAGUUCCUGGCUGACUACUUCCAUGACGUGGAGGCUCUGAGGGAGUACUUGCUGCACAAGCAGGUGUUGAAGGUGCAUCAGCACAAUCGAUCCUUCACCAAUGUGGAGAAGCGAUAUGGCCCAUACGUUGCAGGUGCCUUUUUCAUCCUGAAGCAGGGAGGCGCGGUCAAGUUUCAGGGCAAGGAGUGGAUCAGGCCCGACGGGCGUGGCCGUUUCUCUCUUGAGUUCCUGAAGCUCCAGGCAGUGCCAGUGGAAGCCAUGGAUGCCAGCGGCUGUGCCAUCAACUACACUGGCCUGGACAACCUGUUGCCCCUGAAGGAGCUCCAGUCCCUGUGGCUGCAGCGCUGCCCCCACGUGGAUGACUGGUGUCUCAGCCGCCUCCACGCUCUGGCCGGCUCGCUGCAGGAGCUGUCGCUGGCUGGCUGUCCCCGCAUCUCUGAACGGGGCCUCGCCUGCCUCCACCACCUCCAGAACCUCCGCAGGCUGGAUAUCUCAGACCUCCCUGCCGUGGCGAACCCAGGCCUCACUCGGAUCUUGGUGGAGGAGAUGCUGCCCAACUGUGAGGUUCUGGGGGCCAACUGGGCCCAGGGCCUGAAAGUGGGGCCCGAGGAGCAGCCCCGGGACACAGCCAGCCCCUUCCCUGCCUAGCCUCCAGCAACCUCCACAGUUCUACCCUCUGGGGCUUCCAGGUUUCCUGCUGGGUUCAUUCAUUGGGGGUGGGAUGGGAGGUGGGAUUGGCAGGGGCAAGAGGCUGAGGUGUUUACUCUCUGCCUCUGGGGGCCAUGACUGACUGCAGCCUUGGCUGAGGGUCACAGCCGCUAGCAGGCAGCCGUCUCCGUACACCUCUCCUUCCAGUUCCAGUCAACUCCCCUUCCCUCUUUGGGCUUGCAGGAGAUGAAGCUCCCGGCUGUAUGUAGCCCUCCCUGCUGUGCUCUUCCUGGUGGUUUCCCCACACCUGCCUGCACCUUCUCCUUGCCCUCAUUCCAGUGUGCUGCUGUUUCCUGCAGGGACCCCAGCUGAUACCGGGGUGCUGCUGGCAUCUUGCCGGGCGGAGCUUCCCUGGGCGGGGCUGUCCGGCUUACUGCAGGAUGGGCUGCGUGCCUGGCCUGCACUCACCAAAUGCCAGUGGCAGCCCCAGCCCCGGAGUGUGCUGGUGAUUUAUUGACUCUCAGCUCCAAGUUCAACUUUCCUGCCUGCUCUGUGAAAGUGGAUCUAGGCCCUUGAUAUAUUUUUCCUUUGCCAACUGGCAUGUUGUUAAGUUCUGUCAGUAGAAGGCGCUCGAGAGACAUGACAGGAAGGAUUUACUUCGGUGCUGAUUCCGGUGCAGCAGGAGCUGCUUCACCUCCCCAGUGCCCGGGUGGUGCCUGCUGGACGGCAGCUUCCCUGGCGCCUCCCCCAGGAGGUUUCCUAGAGCAGAGCCGGCGCCGAGGUGCCUCGUAUUAAACUUUCCCUGUUCACAGUA